AUGGCAGACGCGAGCAGUAACUACGACGACGUUUGGACCAAGUACUUCGACUACAAGGAGGACCUGGCGCUGCGCAACGGAGACACAUUCCGCUUGUAUCGUGCAGGCACGCAGGGUCCGCACGUGGUACUGCUACACGGUGGAGGGUACACGUCCAUGACUUGGUGCCUUGUAACGGCAAUGCUAAAAGAGACGUGCACGCUGUACGCCUUCGACCUGAGAGGCCACGGCCAGACUAACACAACCCACGACGACGACUUGUCCAUUAAUACGCUGGUCCAAGAUACACUGAGCGUCCUGGACCAUGUUAUCCCUCCCAUGACUUUGAAGACAGACGGAGUUGCUGACCCAGAUAACCCGCAAACCAUCCUCGUUGGCCAUAGUCUGGGCGGCGCACUUGCUGUUCGAGUCGCUGCUACGAGCAAAGUGCCAUCCCUGGUGGGUGUAAUGGUGAUCGAUGUAGUGGAGGGCACUGCCUUGGCAUCGCUGAAGCACAUGGGCGCGAUCCUUGAUCGCCGUCCGUCUCAGUUCCGCUCCUAUAAGGACGCCAUCCAUUGGGCCCUACACAGCGGCACUGUUCACAACCAGGAAGCUGCCGAAGUUUCAAUCCCGUCGCAACUAAAGCAGCUUGGAGACGGCUCACUGGCUUGGAAGACGGACCUGGCAUGCAGUGCCAAGUACUGGCGCGACUGGUUUAUUGGACUCUCGACGCAGUUUUUGUCUCUGAAGGAAGCCAAAGUGUUGGUGCUCGCGGGCCCGGACCGCCUCGACACGGAGCUCAUGCGUGGCCAAAUGAUGGGUAAAUUUGAGAUGAGGCUCAUGUAUUCGUCAGGACACGCGAUUCAAGAAGAUUGCCCAAACGAGGUGGCAAAUGCCAUCACGGAAUUCAGUGGCCGCUGCACUCGUGUUAUGAGCGGGGGCGUCUUUGGUCCCGACGGUGUACCAAGGAAGAUGAUGAACGCGGAUCUUGCCCUGACGGAACGUCUUGCCAAAGCACGUGCUAUGAUCCCUAAGGAUAGCGUUCUCCCCGCUGUUCAUCCCGCUGCUCGCCCGAAGAAACUUCAAACUAAAUUACCAUAA